AAAAAAGGUCCUGCCCGAUUGACCCCGAAUCACACGCGGGUUGGCAAGAAAGCACUGGUCACAUGUCUUUUCCCAUUGCCCCUGCCCGGGCGCAGCGCUGAGUAGAAAGGGACCCAUGACGAGAGCGACCACGAGCGCCGGAUGGGCUAUGAUGCUGAGGGCUCGCAUCAAUUACUGGUGUUCCGAGCUGGGUGGUGGAUGAAGGAGGACAAUCGACUGAAAUGGGGGUUCGAUCCUUGGACUUCAAUGGUGUUGGAGGAGGCGAAACGUACUCGGGCUCUUCAAGCGGAGUGAGAGUGCUACCACUAUGCCAACAGGACGUGGCACAAAUCAGAAUGAUUUCUGGAGUAUUUGUUGAGCUCAGGCUUGGAGCUGGCUUCAGGCGUCAGCUGGGUUUGGUCAAGUUGGCAGUCCCAAGAAGGAAGACUGCCAGUUCCUCCAACCCAUGGCUCCCAUUGACCUGGUCAGUGGUCAUCCAAGCUCACCCUCAAGCUGGGCCGAAAGUGGUGAGAGAAUGCGUCAAGCUGUCAACUGAUUCCAGCCGUUAACCGAUACAUUGUAUUGAAUAGCGACAUCAACCGAGGACACAGGCCAAGGCUCCAUCUCGAUGGCUCCGAUAACCGGAAGCUCCUUAUCGUAAGGACAAGCCUCAACCUGGUGGAACGGAUAUCAACUGUAUUAAUCUAGGGGCCGAAGAGUUCUUCCUAGCUUGGAUUUAUCGCUCGCGGAGUAAUCCCAACGACUGGUUCAAUCUCGUAUUGCAAAAAUGUUGGGUCAACUUGCUGGAAGAAAUACCAGGAGACAAGGCUAUGGUCGACUACUUAAUCAGAAGAAGAACUAUCACUGUCUCGCGACCAUACCGCCACAUCCAUUCAAACCGGACAGUGAAAGAGGUACGGCAGGCCUUGACCGUCGGGAGCAAGCGUUAGGAUCGACUCGAUCGAGCGCAUUUUCGACUUACCCUCCAAGAAAGACGAACAAGCUAACUCAACCAUCAUCCAACAAGGACAGCCCUCCUAACCAUCCGUCUUCAUCAUCCCUAUCGCUGUUCCAUUCCCAACCUCGCGCGAGCGACGCGGUCAAAGAGGAUGAGGCCUUACCUGAGUACCUCCAAUCGGAAACUCUCCCAUCCUCUACUACCCAACCCGCAGACGAGAAACAUGCCGUCGUCAGCACCUUCGAUCUCUUCUCUAUCGGCAUCGGGCCCUCUUCCUCUCAUACUGUCGGCCCAAUGAGGGCUGCCAAGAUCUUCACAAAUGACCUCAAGGAGGCCGGCGUCUUGGACCGCGUCAAAACUCUUAAAGUCGCACUCUACGGUAGUUUGGCAGCCACUGGAAAAGGGCACAUGUCACCCGAGGCGUUGAUGGCCGGUUUCGAAGGCCACAGCUGCGAGACGGUGGACACAGACUCGAUCCCGACGCGCUACAAAUCGGUGUGCGAGAACAAGUCGAUCAACCUCGGCCUCGCCCUCGACCCUAAUGGCAUCGGCCAUCGUGUGCAGUUCGAUAUCGAGAAAGAUCUGGUCUGGUUGUGGGAUUGCGUACUCCCUCAACAUCCUAAUGGGAUGCUGUUCUCAGUGUAUGAUAGCGAAGGAGAUUUGAUUGCCAACAACACGUAUUUUUCGAUCGGAGGAGGAUUUGUAGUGAACACGGAGACCCAGUUCUCGGGGGAGAAUUUGUACUACAAGCAGAUCGACAAGCGGAAGGCCUCGACGAGUCGGAUCGAUCCUUUCAAGCAACUCCAGCCUCUCGUCGACUCUCUCCCGCUCAACAAUCAGCCCGUCGUCGCUGACCCCACUCGGCCUAACACCCAGCCCUCCCCCGAUCCUCCCACUAAAGAUGGCCCGCCUUUUCCCUUUCAUAAUUGUGAUAGCCUCGUGGAACUCACUCGUAAACACAACCUAACCAUCGCACAAAUUGUAUACAAUAAUGAGCGAGAAUUCUUCUCCGACGAUGAGAUCAGAGAACGAGUUCUCAAGAUAUACAAAGUCAUGGAUGAUUCAAUCAAGCAGGGUGUCUGUUCCGAGGAAGACGUCUUGCCCGGUCGGUUAAGGGUCAAAAGACGAGCCAGGAAUUUGUAUCGAAGACUUCAUCGGGGAUUUUUCCCAUCAGUUUCCGACAUUUCAACCAGUCCACCGCCGCGAUUAUCGUUUACGAAGCCGAACAUGUUACCGGGCGAGAGUGAGAGAGAGGAGAUGAACGAGAUGGCGCCACGCACGGAGCAGAGUUAUGCCGAGCCGUCAUCCCAACUCACCCCGGAGUCGAAUACGACCAUUCAUUUCCGCGGAAAUCGUCGUGCCCCUCUGCUCCUCCGUGGCCAGUUCGAUCACAACGUCCAACCUAUCCUCCCUCGUCGAAUGAGCUUUCCUUCGAUGGACUUCUUGUCUUGUUAUGCUAUUGCUGUCAAUGAAGUUAAUGCGGCUGGUGGACGUAUCGUGACUGCCCCGACGAAUGGAGCUGCUGGUGUUCUUCCUUCGGUCUUGAAAUAUUUCUUAGAGUUCAUCUCUGAAGACCCGGAAAACGAUACGAUGACUUUCUUGUUAACAGCAGCGGCGAUAGGAAUGCUUUACAAGCGAGGUGCGACGAUUAGUGCUGCUGAAGGCGGUUGUAUGGCCGAGGUUGGAGUCGCGUGUUCAAUGGCAUCAGGCGCUUUUGCAGCAUGCAUGGGGGGAAGUCCUGAAGUCAUAGAAGCGGCAGCCGAGAUCGGGAUUGAGCAUUGUUUAGGUCUAACAUGUGACCCGAUCGAUGGAUUAGUCCAAAUCCCUUGUAUUGAGAGGAACGCCCUAGGCGCCGUCAAGGCGGUCACCGCAGCUCAACUUGCUCUCUCGGGUGACGGCGUGCACAGCGUCUCGUUGGACGAGGCUAUCGCGGCCAUGAGACAGACCGCCAAGGAUAUGUCCAGCAAGUAUAAGGAAACUAGUCGGGCCGGGCUGGCUACUUCGGUCAAAGGGGCUAGGAUUCCGGUGACGGUCCCGGAUUGUUGAUCUCGUAAUAGCUACCUUUUAUUAGACAUAUAUGUUAUAUCUUGGUGGUGUCCGUUCACGUCUUCGACGAUAACCACCAGCACAUCAAAAGAGUCACUAGGCUCACUCCUCUGGUUCAUGAUUCACGAACAUGUACUAUUAGAUUACAAACAGUCAUUGUUUCUUCUUUCUCUCUAUCUUUGAUACAUCAUACGUCGAGUGAAGCAUCUUGUCUUGCAGACAGCCUUAGAAAGCCUUAGAGGGUAAUGUGAGAGAUGAAUGAAUGAUUGAUUGAUUUAGAUAGCAGCGAUCUUCC